GUGUGUCAUCCGCCAAGAGAGAGUACGAGCGAGUGUACGAGCUAGUUUUAAGAUAAAAAGUAAAAUGAAAACUUGUCAACAGUUUUUUAUUUUUUAAUUUUUACGUUUUUCCCCUGUAAAAUAAUUUCGAAAUUGUUGUUUUUUGAUUUAAAGUGCCGUUUUUUUUAGGAAUUUAAGUUACUAACUAAUAAAAUAAUAAAGAUAUCCAAUUAUGGACAUCCUGGAUAUUGAUGAGGCCCUAAAGGACGAUUCUUUUAUAUUUCUCGAGGACAAAACCCACGACGAUGUCUCGAAUAUUUUGCAACAAUGGAGAAAUAAUAACAAUUGCUCGAGUAGUCAUAGUUCGUCGUCGGAACAAGCAUUCAAACUGAAUACAAGAACAUUCACACGACCCAAGAGGAAAACAGCUCAAAACUUGGAGGCACAGUUUAAUCCCCUUACUCAAUCACAAAAUGCCACCCAAACACAACCAAAUUCACAGCAAACCGGACAACAACAACAAAUGCCCAUGAAUGUGAAUCUCGAAAUCGGUGGUCUAGUGACGAAUAUGCAAAAGAGCUUCCUCCAAGAUACCUCGCCUCCAUCUUCGAUAUGUUCCUCCAUGGAUGUGUCUCUGUAUGGCAUGAACAGCAGUCUGAUAACAUCCAGUGAUUUUUUAUCAAACGGAUUGCUUCAAUCAAUCCAAGGUGAUGUCCCAAUGUCGGGUUUGUUUUUCGAUAAUAAUGAAAAAUCAACCGACAUUGAUGUUGGUGGUUACACACUCAAUGACAUGAUCCGUGAUCGAAAAGCCCUCGAGUCGUUGUCACUAUCGGCCGAGGGAACACUAAUAAAAGACUCGAAUAUUGCUCAAAUAGAUGAUAUUUCAUUGAUAAAUAGUAAAACAACAUCGGCCUGCAGCACAAUGAAUAAUUCGGUGGAUAGUAUGGGCGGUGCUGGUUCAGAUACAUUUUCCAGUCGAACGUGCAAUAUUGCUGACAAAGAGAAAGAGCAACUGGAGAGUUUGCAAGAGAAAUCUACAUCAUCAUCAUCAGAUCAGAAAUUGAUUUUCAAUGAGACAUUCCCAAGUGGGAAGGAACAAAUUGUUCCAAAUGGUGAUGAUGAUUAUAUUGGGGAUACAACAUUCAAUUUGGUGGAUAGUAGUAUAAUGAUGGUGCAACCAGUGGCUUCUGCGGCGAAUUUAGAUAUGAAAGACUUUAAUGAUUUUCAAAAUGAAACCUUCCACAGGCCAAUAAUGGAAGAGACUGUUUGUUUGAAACGGUUUAGUAUAGCCGAUGGGGUGAAUACGACUUUUGACUGUAGUGAACCGAAUCUUCAAUGUGAAACUCCAGAAAAUAAUGUCAAGCAUGGGAAAUACUAUGAACAGUCAACUCCACAGCAAGUUAAUACAUCGUUCACCUCGAUGCGUCAUAAGCAGUCAUUUACGCCGUCAAUUAAGACUUCCGAGGUGAAUAUAUCGCCCAUUGUUGGCCUCUCCGCGGCGAAUAGAACCUUUAAUGAGACUUUCGAGAAGCCAGUUAGUAUUGCUACGAAUAUACUCAAGGAGCGGAUACAAAAUGAAACGUUCUCGGAGCCACAAUCAACGGUUCCACCUCCGCGAUUGCCAUGCAAUGAUGACGUUACUAACGCCAUUGAGACCAUAGAACUGUUGGAGAACAUUAAUCCAAAUGAAACCUUCAAUAAAUGUAUUCCGUUUAGUAAGAGUAUUCCGGGUGGAACACCAGCUGUAGAUACAGCUGAUGAAGAGGCAUUCAAUAAUCUAUUGGAUAAUUUGGGCAAAGUGGAAUUAAACGAGGAGCAAAUUAAAAUGCAAAAAUCUCUAGAUACAAUCAAAAAGAGGUUUAGCACUGCACUCGACAAAUCUGAGGCUAAGGAGACUUCGCAAAUAUGCAGUCCAGAAAUGGUUUUAAGUAGCUUCUCGAUGAACAGCAGCGGAGUUGGUGAUCGAUUACUUAGCCGUAGAAGUCGCCUCUACGAUGGCGUCAACAUAACCCAACCACAAAAAAGCUCACCAAGUGGUUCGGUAAAUUGUAAUUCAUUUGUUAAAGAGACUGAAGGAGGAAUAGUAGUAGAAGCAGAAGAAACUCAUAAAAAGACUGACGAACAGCACUGCACCGAAUUGUCAAAUCCGAAUCCAAAUGCACCACCCCCUCAAGACGAUAAAUUACCAUCACGCAAUAGUAAAUUGGAAAAACGUGAUCGUGAUCGCUUCAGAACUAUACGAAUAUUUAAACGUACUGAGAAUGGAACUAGUGAACUGAAUGUGCCUUGUAUUGAUGGAGAAAAUGAACAUUUACCCUCGACAGAGGAAGAAGAUGAAACUCCACAGGCGGCGGAGAGAGCUCCAAUGGAGAGAAUAUCACGUAGAGAUAUUACUCCACCGGUAAUGUAUAAUAAUAACAACAACAAUGACCACAAAACUGAAAUGGAGAGCAAUAAUUAUGCGACAUUUAAGAAACCUAAAGCUAAAAUGUCUCGAUAUGGUGGUGGUGGUGGUUUUGGUAUGAAUGGCGAUCAGUUAAAUAGACCUGUUAUCGCUCCACCAACUGCAAAUGCAACACCAAUUACAACGGCAAAAGAUAGACCUACAGAGCAGAGAUCUUUGUCGCGACCUAGGUAUAUAAGUGGAUUGCAAAAAUUCAGUGCGAGUAGUAAGGCCAUCUCAGCGGGUGAUCUAGAGAAGGCUGAACAAAAGAAUAAUGGGGAUGCUUUUAAUAAGACUCAGCCAUCGGUACCAUCGGGAGCUGAAUUAAAGAGUCCCAUGGGUAUUAAAUCGAAAUCAUUUCAUAAUUUAUCAAGUAAUUUUGGUUAUGCGAAAAAUAAUCCUGCUCCAGCAACAAUGGCAGCGCCUGGUGCUGGAGUACGGAAAUCUACAACGGCAGGGAGUGUUUUAACAGAAAAACAGGGCAAGUUUAACACAACGAAAACGACGAUACGAGUGAAUUCUGGUCCGGGAUCAAAUCUGAAGCAACCGGUUUCCAAAAAUGAGAAAUCUGAUGAUUCAGUAUUCAAAACACCAAGUCUAGUGUCUGGCUUACGUGCACCGUCAGCUAAACGAACUGGACUCUUACGCCCAUCAUCGGGCUAUUAUAGUUUUAGUGUGGCGAAGGGUGAUGCGGCGGCGACGACGAAUGCUGCGGAUAUAGACGCUGGGAGACAUUCACCAACCGAUAGCAUGUCUUCAGCAAGUUCCCGCGCUAGUUCGAAUGGCAAACUCUUUCCAAACGGUGGAAGUUCAACACAGAUUCAUGAGCCUUCCUCAAUGCCACCGCCGCCACCCACGUCACUACAACAGCCAGCAGUAAAACCAUCAACUGGCAUCCCCAAACCAUCCGGUUUGCGACCCCCUUCAAGCAUAAAAAGAAGUGGCCUUCCGCGACCGUCGAGUAUCGUCAGACGAUAGUUUGGGGCUAAAUAAAA